AGAAAAGUCAUAUAAAAAGGAGAAUUCAUCGUAAUCCGAGUCUGUCACAGCAGUUUUGUUUUAUUAUUCAAAGGUUGUAAAGGUUUUUCUGGAAAAACAAAACACGGAAACAACGUGUAAUUUUCCCCAAAACGUUUGCUCAAUAUCAAACAACGGGUGCAAAAAAGGCUGGAAAACACAAAUAAUUUGGGAAUGCAAAUACUGCAAAAUUACAUAUUGUCGAGGGAAUACGACUUUUCCAUACUACCUAAAGCAGCAACGACAGCAAGGCCUCCGUUCUUUGUACCGUCCAUACGAUUACACGAACAACAAAUUACGAAUCAUCACCUUUGAUUUGUUACCUUACUGUAUUACACCUCAAAAAAGACAAGACACACAGUCAUGGAGGAUGGACUUUCAAAUGAACAAACCGAAAAGAUUCUACAGUUUCAAGACAUUACAGGCAUUGAGGAUAUGAAUAUAUGUCGAGAUGUCUUGAUCAGACAUCAGUGGGAUCUUGAGGUUGCUUUUCAAGAGCAAAUGAACAUACGCGAAGGCAUUCCAUCAACAUAUGCCGCGUCCAGAGAUGUACGCGCACCCGCUGUUUUCGACGAUCGUUUUCUACAACAGAUUUUUUCUGCAAAUAUGCCUGGUGGCAGAUCGGCACGAGGUGGCAUGGGUCCUAUACCGCGUAGCUUUACGGGUAUCAUUGGCUAUGUCAUAAACAUGGUAUUUCAAUAUUGCUACUCGACAUUCUCCAGCGUACUAACUGCUUUACUGAGUUUGGGACGAAACGAUGAGAGAAUCGUUACCGAUCCUGUUGGCGAUGUCAUGAGUUUUAUACGUUCUUACAACGAACGUUAUCCAUCGCACCCAGUGUUCUAUCAGGGCACAUACGCGCAAGCGUUAAAUGAUGCUAAACAGGAACUACGAUUCCUACUCAUCUAUCUACACAAGGAUCCCACAAAUAAUCCCGAUGUGGAUUCACUGUGCCGUACAACGCUAUCGAAUCAAUCAACAAUUGAUUUUAUAAAUCGCAAUAUGCUUUUCUGGGGCUGUGACGUAUCCUCACCAGAGGGUUAUAGAGUAUCGCAUACAUUAAAUAUUCACGUAUUUCCGACAAUGGUGUUAAUUGCACAACGCAAUCAUCGUAUGAUUAUUGUUGGUCGCUUUGAAGGCGAUUGCACAUCAGAAGAGUUAAUACGUCGCAUGCAAACAGUGAUCUCAGUAAAUGAAAUAUGGCUUAGUCAAGCACGUGCUGAUCGUUUAGAACGUAAUCUCACACAGACGCUGCGUCAACAGCAAGACGAAGCCUAUCAACUUAGUUUACGUGCCGAUGAGGAGAAGGAGCGACUGCGUCAGUUGGAACGUGAUGCAGUGCGACAAGCACAGGAGGCUAUUGAACGUGAACGUGCCGAAGAGGCACGCAAAAAAGAGGAAAUUGCUCAACUUAAAAUUGAGCUAGCUGAGCAGGUGCCAAAUGAGCCACCAGCUGGAACAGCGGACGCCAUUAGUGUCGUCUUUAAACUGCCAAACGGCGCACGCCUGGAGCGACGUUUUCUCAAUUCCAAUUCAUUAAUUGAUGUGUAUAACUAUCUGUUCUGUCAUCCCUCUUCACCCGAUGAAUUCGAGAUCACAACGAAUUUCCCUAAACGCGUCCUCUACGCCAGUUCUUGUAAUAAUGGCGCCAUCAAUGGUAAUGGCAAUCAAACAACCUUAGCUGAAGCCGGUCUGAAGCAUCGUGAGGUACUCUUUGUCAACGACUUGGAGGCGUAAUAUUCAUAGCAAUAUUUUAUACAACAAACAACAGCAACACACCACAUAAACAAUCAACGGUCAACAUUUGAUCGGAUUUCAUAGUUUAAUAUGUAUAACAAAGAAGUUUUGUUUUUAAUUUGCAUUGAAUAUGCAAAAACUACGUUAUUUACACGCGGAGUGUUUUCAAAAGUUAAAAAAAAGUAAAACGUGUACGUAAAUUUAAGAAAUGGAGCUAAGAACACACAAUUUUCGCAAAAAGAUAUAUAUGAUUAUGCCGUUACAAUGCUCCAUGCAAACAUAUAUAGCAAUAUUGAAUUGUUAUUUAAAUUAUCUGUUUUCUAAUUUUCAUUAAUUUAAGUAAUUUUAUUUUUUCCUUGAUCUUUAGCGUACUUACAUUUAUAUGUAACAAAAACUAAUAACUAUUUGGACUAAUCUAUUUUAAUUUCUUUCCAAAUGCAGUACUGCAUUGUUGCUUUACACACACACUACUCAAUUCUGACAGUCGUAACAUAAACAAAACAUUUUAUCAAAAACGAUCAUGAUAAGAUUUGUAGCAUUCUUAAUAUUUCUAUUGAAAAGAAAAUUAAAUAAAAAGUAAAUAUAGUACGUGUGAAAACUAACUGUUAA